CACGAACUUGACGCACUAGUACUGAACUCGCAAAUUACAAGCUCGUGUCGCCGGGGAAGGUUAUCGACCGACCACUACAGACUGUCCUACCUAUAUGGCGGGUAGCCUCUUUUCUCUCUCGAGUCGAAUGAUCGCGCGAGCCCUCCCCUCGAUCAAACCGAAACAGAAACCAACUCUGCCUUCGAGGCAAAGCCGACAGAAUCAUGGACACGAAACCUUUGAGAGUCUGCGCCAGGGCGUCACAACGAAGUGAAGAAUACACAACGGCCUGGGAAAAACCCGAUAACCUGAUAGAGACAACUAUCGAGGCUAUGAAAGAGCAAAACAUCCCGACAGGUACUCCAAAUCUCGUGGCGGUGCAACAACUGGAUCUGGCAAUCUUCGUUGUAUUCGACCUUUUCUACCAUGACUAUGACCCCCGCCUGGGACACUUGGCUCAGUUUAACAACCUUCCAGUUUGUGAGGUUGUUUUCAAGCGCGGGAAGGUCCGAGCUGCGAUGUCAAGUGCGGAGCGAGCGAGAUAUGUGAACGACCAGAUCCGCACCUUUCACAUCCUCAACGGCCAAGAAGGCAGACCUCCCUUUCGAGAGGAUCUAUCGAAGGGGCAGCGAGCCCAUUAUGGGGCGCCAAGGGAAACAACUGGUUCGUCUUGAGCCAGCUGGAAGAUCUGGCUACAGACUACUUCUGUGGUGAUCUAGUCGGAGUCUGGGGGCGUUGGAAAUGCGCAUGUGUUGCACUUUUGCGAGUUCCUGUCCACGGUAGAGCCAUCGCUGUAUGGUGCAUGAUCGCCAUUCCCGCAGGUCUGGGUCUGGUCUCGAUAUCCCCUUGCGCCGCAUUGAGGACAGUCCCAUUAAGUAUAGUGGCACAUUUUGAUGAUUAUCUAAGGUCGGUGAGGAAGAAGUCGCCGCUCAUAAGUUAACGGCUCUUACCUAUCGGUGAGGAAAGGGCUAUGGUCGUUCGUGGGUUCGUGGGUUCGUGGGUUCGUGCCCGAGUUCAUGAAGCUUGCUUCCCAGGCUUCCCCGCUUCUUGCGACGUGGACGUGGGCG